AUGGGUAUCCCUGACGAUGCCACGGAGGCGGUGAGGAAGAAAUCUUCAAAGAAAGAGGAGCAAGAGAAGGAGGAUGCGCUGAUUGUCGAUGGGAAGCAGGUGCAUGGCAUGACACCCGAGCUGCGCCUGAAGUGGCUGGACAAGGCCCUACAGAGGUGCGAAGAGGGAAAGGUGGAGAAGUCCUUGAUCUUUGACAUUCUCUCCAACGCGAAGUUCUGCCACGACUGCAGCUCGAAGAUGGGCGCGAAGAUGUUUCGCCUUGUGCGGGCGCACGCCGACUCGUUCUCCGCAAAGCAGCGGAAGCAUUUGCAAGUAGGCGACUGCCUACUCAGAAAGCUGUACAAGAAGGCAACUUCCGAAGGCGAGGAUGACAAGGAGGACAAGGACACGGGCGCAGGCGCCAUGGGCGCCUUGUGGGACCGGCUGACGGCUCUGGCGCCGGCGGAGCGGGCGGAGCAGGUUGAGGCUUUGAACGAUGCCACCAAAGAAGCGCUGGAGGAAUUCCUGGAGGCCAGGGAUUGCCUCAUGCGCCCGGAUCCGGGCUGCCGAAGGCUGGACAUCGGGGCGUUCAUUCCCACGGCUUCAUCUGGCUGUGGUUGUCAACAAUAG